AUGAAUCUAUGCUCUAUCUUAUGUUUUGCCCUCAGCGCAGCGGCGUUGACACUUGAUAUUGCCUCGUCUGGUGGCAAUCAGUCCAGCCCCCUUCUUUAUGGGCUUUUGUACGAAGAUAUCUACCACUCUGGUGAUGGAGGUCUCUAUGGAGAGAUGCUCCGGAACCGGGCGUUCCAAGGGUCCUCGUCGGGUGGAGCUGCCAGUCUGGCUCGGAACACGGAUUAUUGGCAUCCUAUUGGAAGUGUCUCGCUGGCAAUUGAUACAUCUGCACCGGUUGUUUCGUCCACCUUGCCAUACCACAUGCGGAUGGAUGUACCCGCUGGAACCACUGGGACUGUAGGGUUCUACAAUGAAGGCUUCUGGGGCUUCGACGUGGAUGCCACUAAGCGUUACAUCGCCAGUCUCUGGAUGCGGGGCAACUACUCUGGGACUGUGGAUUGCUACUUUAGUAGUAAUACAACGGGACAAAUGCUUGGAUCUUCCAGCAUGAGUAUCGAUCAGACUUCGUUGGCAGGAUGGGUGCAGAGCUACUCUGCAACAUUCCAGCCAAGCAAGACUGCGCCUGAUGGCAACAACACGUUUUAUUUCACCUUUGAUGGGUCAAAGCUCGCUGGUCAGAGUGUGUAUUUCAACAUCUUGAGUCUGUUCAAGCAAACCUUCGAUAAUAGGUUGAACGGCGUGCGCGAGGAUCUAGCUGAUGCGUUGGUCAACAUGAACCACAAAUAUAUUCGACUUCCGGGAGGGAACAAUAUGGAAGGGAAUAACUCUCCUUAUGAAUGGAAAUGGAACGAAACCAUUGGCCCUCUCACGGAUCGUCCUGGCCGUCCGGGCACGUGGGGUGAUAUCAAUACUGAUGGAUUUGGUCUUCUCGAGAUGAUGCAAAUGGCACAAGAUCUGGGCCUGGAAGUCAUUCUGGGUAUCUGGACUGGAUUGUAUCUGGACGGUGAGGUUGUUUCCGAGGCCAACCUGCAGCCAUAUGUGGAUUCUGUCAUGGACGAGUUGGAGUUUCUCCUAGGAGAUAAGUCGACCACAUACGGGGCCAAACGGGCUGCUCUGGGAUUCCCCUCGCCAUUCACCAUCAACUGGAUUGAGAUUGGCAAUGAAGACUAUCUGAAUGGGGGGACUAGUUCCUACUAUUCAUAUCGAUACAUGGCCUUCUACGAUGCCCUUCAUGCAGUUUACCCGUCCAUAAAUCUUGUGUCAACCAUCAACCCCAACCCAGUCACAUCGAAUGGCAGCUCACUCGACCUCCACAUCUAUGGCAAUGAGAACUAUUUCGUCUCCCUUUUCAACACCUUCGACCAAGCUAGUCGCGAAUACCCAGUCUUCGUCAACGAAUACGCAGCAACCAACACCGGCUCCAACAACGCUGGCCAAGUGGGAGCCCAGACUAUGGGCACGUCGUGUGCGGAAGCCAUCUUCCUCCUAGGCUGCGAAAGAAACUCGGACGUUAUCGUCGGCUCCGCAUACGGUGCCUUGAUCAAGAACUACAAUGAGGCACCCGACACGGUGGCUGUUAUAAAGCACACCGCAAACGAGGUCCUGUAUAGCAUCAGCUACUAUGUGCAAAAGCUUUUCGCGGACAAUAUGGGCAAAAGGACGCUUCCAGUUAACGCCACAGAUGGUGAGCUUGGCCCCGUCUACUGGUCUGCAACGGCCAACAGCUCUUCCACCAUCCUCAAGCUAGUGAAUUAUAAUGGGAAAACGGGUUCGUCCAACGCGGUACAGGUCAAUGUCAAAGGCUCGUCAAAGAAUAUUGCCACCCUUAUCACCUUGACUGCCCCGGGCUCCACUAGUGUUAAUAGUUUGCCGUCGCUAGGAGGCGAAAGCACUACCAUCACCACCACAAGUUUGUCCGGAUCUGCGGGUAGCUUUUCCGUUAGCUUCGGCAAUUCUUAUGAGAUUGCUAUUUUAGUCGUCUAG